UCCUCCUGACUGGUUUCUAGCAAGCAUAGUAACACUGCGUGCAGCUGAAUGCCGAGUUCAACGGCUGCCCAGCAUCAACUCCUGUCAAAUGAGACCUCCCCAGCACUAAUUUCUCCCUUGAGUGUCUCAAGACUCUUCGCUUCAUCAUGGGGAGCUCUAUGAUUUAAAAAGCAAUUGGAUGUGGUGUUUGCUUGGGGGGUGGGGUGAUGUGGUUUUUUUUGGGUGUGUGGUUUUUUGUGAUGCAGCUUUUUUAUUUACUGGCCUUCGUCUUGAUCCAUUGCUUGUAGGAGACGUGCUUUCCUUUACUGCCCUGGCAGUCACUGAGCUGCUGUUCUCAUCAAUAAGAAUCAGCUGAAGCUGGAUGUGACUGAAUUCUUAAAACAACCCAUCGUCGAUAUCUGGCUACAAACCAAAGAGUGGCAGACCUAGAAUAUGCUGAUAGGUGUAGAGUGAGGCCACGUGAGUCAUGAUGAAAUAUGCAGACAACAAACGUGUCUCUUAAGAGUGAGGUACUCUGAAAUGUCAAGGUUGUGUACAAGGGCUGUGAAACUACCUGUAGCUCAAAGUGAAAUCCCAGGAUCCAUGCCUUGUGGAGCAGCCAAGGAAAAGGUGGGAUGUGCAACAGACAGCAGUAAGUAAUUUGUUCCCUGUGAAGCGAAGCAAUUCCCCAGCAGCCACAUCCUUCACUUGGGAUCAGGUCUUCAUCCUUCUGCCGAGGGGAGAGCCAGAGCUGAGGACUCCUCCCAUCUUGCACAGGCCACCAGAGGUUUUGUCCUCUGCUCGUGGUCCAGGACACCACAGUGGAAAAGCAGCUGCCUCUGCCCGAGUGGGCUGCUGGAAAAGGUGGUUGGCUGGUGGGUGUGCGCCGGGCUGAUUACUCAGCCCCCGACUGGCAGCACAGCCCUUGCGUGUGCUCCACAAGCACUUUGUCACUGAGUGUACCUGCUUCCCCAGCCCGGCCACCAAGCAUGGUUUUGUGUGAGCAGAGUCUGCUGCUCGGGCUGCCCCGCUUUGUGUGUGCGCUGCCACGGUGUGGGAGGAGCAGGCGGCUGCCCCGAACUUGCGGAAGCUCUUUGAGGUUUGCUGUUAAUGCUUGAGGCUUUCAUAGAGCUGCAGCAUCUGAGCUGGGUGUUCACUGCUGGAGUGAUGCAGGCGUAUAAAGGCAGAGCUGGGUCUUCCCCUGGGGCUCUCUCUGGGACAGCCCCGGCAGUUUUUGGCUGCCAUAUGGAAGAUCACACCAAGCACGUCCAGUCCAUCCCGCUCCCAGCCAUGCAGCAGAACUUGAACUACAUGUACCCACAGAUCUUUUGGGUGGACGGCUCUGCCAACACAAGUACUUCCUGUCCCCCGGCACCCCCCGUCGCUCCUUUCCCACCACCAGUGCCUGACCGGAGGAGAAAGCCAAAGGACAGAAACAGGGAAAGGAGGAGCACUGGCUUCCUGGUGAUAUCCUUGCUGAUCCUGCUGGCCCUCACUGGAGUGGGACUGAGCAUGUUUCAGAUUUUCCACCUGGAGAAGCAACUGGCUGAACUCAGAGAGUCUACCAGCACUGAACACAUCCCUCCAGCUUUGGAGAAACUCAUAGGGCAGAAGGAACAACCAAUGAAAAAGGAAGCGAGGAAGGCAGCACACUUAACAGGGAACCCUGACCAGCGGGAUCUCCCUUUGGAGUGGGAACCCACCUCCGGCCAUGCCUUCACCAACGGCAUUCAAUACCGUGAUCACGGGCUCAUCAUCAAUGAGACCGGCCUGUACUUUGUGUACUCCAAUGUGCUCUUCAGGGGCAGUGUCUGCAGCAGCCAGGCGUUGAGCCACGUCGUCUACAAGAAAAACCCGAGCUCACCAGGAAGCUAUGUGCUGAUGGAGGACAAAACCAUCAACUACUGUAUGGGUGAGAAAAUGUGGGCCCGGCAAAGCUACCUGGGAGCUUUAUUCCAGCUCAGGAAGAUGGACAGUUUGUAUGUCAACGUCUCCAAAAUUGCUCUGGUUAAUUUUGAGGAAUCCAAGACAUUCUUUGGCUUAUUUAAGCUUUAAAUGGGGCUGCUUAGAGCAUGGCUAGCAGCCUCAUACACGCACACUAUGUGUACGUGAGGGGCGAGACCUGCCUGAGUGGCAGCUGCCAAGCCAGGGUCUUGCACCACAAAGCCCACCAAGAAACCAUGUUUUGGCCUUCAGUGUGAGAGGGGUCAAGCAAGGUAAGGGCUUGAAAGUGGACCUCUGGGAAGCACCAGGGCUGUACUGCAUCAACCUGAAGAGAAUUGCACAUUUUCCCCCUCCGAAAAACACAACAAACUCAGAAUAUUGUGUGCUGAAGACCUUGUUGAAACUCACUACUUACUACCUGAGAAGAUGCUGGUGCCAGGGGCCUCACUUGGUGUCACAGCUCUGGUGAGCUUGGGCCAGCAGGUGUGCAGAGACAGCUGGCGAGUGCCGAGGAGGCUCCUCGAGCUAGGCCUGAAGGUGCCUGAGCCAUGCCAUGCCCCACCACAUUGCAGGCAGUGAUGUGGAAACAAAAAGCACAGAGGCUUCAGCUGGCCGCUCUGAGCCAUGGCUGGCCACCCUGCCUGGGCAUUUAGCACCGUGACUGCUGUACAACAGGCACCUUCCCACAAGCGGGCUCAUUAUGUGUGAUAUAUGUUUUUUGUGUGCUAAGUUAUCGACUGUUCCCAUCCCAGAAGAUGUCCCCCAACCCCUUUAUUUAACUCAUCCUGACCGCCUUGCAAGGAAUAUGUCAGAAGGAGCCCUGAGAGGAGCUCCUGACUCUGGAGAGAAACAAUGACUGUGCCAUGGUUGUGGGGCUGCUGGGGAGGCCACGUGUUCUGCUGACAGGACCUGAAAAGCGCGGUGAUGGAGGACAGUGGGGCCUGAGAUGAAAGCAGCAUCUCCAACCACCUUCCUGCCCUUUUUGAUCCAUCAACAUCCCCCAUGCAGACCUGGUCCUGCCACUGCCUGCAUGGUGCAGGUGAGAGCGUGCUGGCCAUCAUCAAUGUCAUAGCUUCAGGUUUCCCUCUUGUCGUGGGAUAUGCUCUCAUGAGCAAAACACAAAUAGUAA